CCGCUUUCUUUUGCUACGGAUUUUACGAUCCAAGCACGUUAUGUCGCAUUCAGAUCAAAUGAACGCGUUCUUUUGCCAAUACGAUCAAUCCCCCCUUAACCUCGUUUUCGGAACGCGAUCCGCAUUCCCCUUUCCGCCCCAAAUCAAAGUUUCAAACAGAUUCAACGGAUUCAAUCGCAAUUUUCUAACCUUACUUUUUAUUUCUUGUUUAUUUGCAAAAAUUGUUGCAUUUGCCAAAAUGUGCUCCGGAAGUGGAAACUUAACAUUAAGCUUACAAGAGGCAGAUGUUGUUUAUGAUAUUGUUGUAUCCCAGGAGGAUUAUAAUCUCGCCACAACAGAUAUGAUUUUUGCCCAAGAAUUACUAAAUAACCAUAAGGAAACUUUGCAAAACACUGUAGUGGAAAAGUCACCAGAAGAAAGGUACCUUACACCCAGUACUUCUACAUAUAGUGAAGAUUCACAGUCAAGCGAAGCAUCUUGGUCUGAUGCCGAAACACUAUUGUUGAUAUCUUUAUAUCAUGAAAAUAAAGAUGCCUUUACGAAUGCAAAAAAACGGAAGCAUGUUUGGGAAAUAAUAGCGGAGCAAAUGUCUGCACAUAAUUAUUUUCGCAAACCCGAAAAGUUGGAAAGGAAGUGGACCAAUUUACUACGGGUAUACAGGUCUAUAAAAGAUAACAAGGGCCCCAAGAAAAGUGGAAGGGGGGCACAACAUUAUAAAUAUUAUAACCAUAUUGACGAAAUUAUUGGCGAUAAGCCAUCAAAUACCUCUGAACCACAAGCUGUUAUUAAUGUAGGCAUCAAUAGGACAACAGUCCCUGCAUGCAGAUACUGA